GAUAUAGACAUGGUUGACAAAUUUCAUAGAAAUCUGACAUAUGUCAGCUGAUUUUGACAAAUUUUGACAGUGAUACUGAUAAAAUAUACAUUUUUUAUACUGCAUCUUAUUUUAAGUCUUUAAGUGUUUUUUAUAAAAUAUAAUCAAUUAGAUUUUCAACAACUUUUACACCGCAUGACAUAUAAUUUACAACUUUUAACAAUAAUUCGUAAAAGACGUGCGAAAGAUUAUUUGAGGUUAUAAAGAAGGAUUAAAGGUUUACCACAUUACUGAAAUUGAAACAAAGAUAUAAAGAAAAUGGAUUUAUUUACAAAUUGAGAUAAAUAAAAUAAUUAAGACUUUCUGACUAAUAAAAUAGAAUUUGUAACUUGAUCCGAUAUAACGAGCAUGGAGAUAUGUGGGCGGACACGCUAUUUGAUACUUAAAAAAUAAUAAUACAAUAAGACUUAUCUAAUGAGGUAUAUUUAUAGGCGAUAGACUAUCGUAAUCAUGAUAGAGAAUAUUAAUAGGGAUUUGGUUCCUAUCAAGGCACAUUAUUUUCUUUACAAUGCCGCUACCGGGUGCAUUGUACCAUUUUUACCAACUCUCGCAAAGCAAUUGGGCUUUUCUGGAAUUCUCGUGGGCACUGUUUACACAAUAUUGCCAAUCUCCGGACUAAUUGCAAAACCAUUAUUUGGAAGUCUUGCUGACAAGUACAAACUUCAUAAAUCGUUUUUUCUCUUUUUCCAAGCUUUCUUGACUAUAAGCUUUUUUACAAUGCACUUUAUACCUGAAGUUGUGACGAGUGCAGACACUAGAUUAAAAUGUGAUAAUUCCGAAGCUUUCCUUGAACUUUGUCCGGAGAAAUUAUUUUCACAGGAUGUUCUCAAUAAUGUUAUCAGCUCGAACAAAUCCGAAGGCGACUGUCAAAUAAGCUGUCAGAGUCUUUCGAUAAUUAACGACACUGUCUGUACUCAUUGGCAUCUUUGUAAUCCCGAUGGAAUUCCUUUUAAUUUCACUGCCCAUUAUGAUAUAUAUCACAAUUUACCGUUGAAACAUUGCGUUAAUGUAAAAGUUGAGAAGGCAAUAUUUUCGGAUGGUCAAUCAACAAGACGACUCUGUGAGUCUCGAGUUUCGACACCAUGCAGAAUUUCCUGUUCGAAACAUCCUCCGAUGGAUAAUUUGAUACGUCAGACGAAAAAUUCCACCAGCUUUUCACAAACUUCGACAUAUCAGUUUAAUUUAUUUUUGUGGGCAUCUAUCACUAGUUGGAUUGGAAUGGCUGUGGUCGUUAGUUUAGGAGAUGCCAUUUGCUUUAAUCUUCUUGGUGAAGACAAACGGAAAGAAUAUGGUAAACAGAAAAUGUGGGGCAGCAUUGGUUUUGGAAUAUUUGGAAUAAGCGCCGGAUACUUAGUAGACGUUUUUAGUCGAGACGAGACUAAUAAGGAUUACACUUGCAUUUUUUACAUUAUGCUCGUUGCGAUGAUAUUUGACAUGAUUGUCUCGGCGACACUGACAAAAAGAAGUCUGGAUCCUGGAGAGAGUGAACCAUCCGUACUGUGGGAAUUAUGGUCCCUGAUGAGAGAAGGAAGAAUUCUUGUUUUUGCCUUCUGGUGUAUCGGCUCGGGAAUGUGUACUGGAGUUGUCUGGAAUUUUCUUCUAUGGUACACUGAGGAAUUGGUACCAGCCGAUGCAAUUUGGCUGAAAACUUUACAGGGACUCGUUAUUGGAGUUGAAAAUUUCCUCGGCGAAUUGCCAUUUAAUUUUAUAUCGGGCACUGUCUUAAGAAAAUUGGGUCACAUCAACGUUAUGAGCCUUGUUUUACUCGUUUACGCCAUCAGAUUUAUGGCCUACAGUAUAACCACAAAUGCCUGGUGGAUUAUUCUUCUAGAAGUACUUCACGGACCAUCCACUGGACUUUGCUGGCCGGCAAUGGUUUCUUAUGGUGACAAAGUUGCUCCUUCGGGGACAAAGGCAACAAUUCAGGGAGUAGUUGGAGCAAUAUUCGAAGGCGUUGGCGUAUCGGCGGGUAGUUUACUUUGUGGAUACUUAAUGGACGAAUACAAGGGCGCUGUUACUUUCAGAAUUUUCUCCGGUGGAGCUCUCAUUUGGUUGACAAUUUACUGGAUUUUGCAAUUAUUACUUCGUAAAGCAAAAGCCUAUCCCUUACAACAGGGUCAUAGUCGUGAGUAAUUACGAUUGUGAUGCAUGCAAAUUACCUAGCUUCCAUUGCACGAUUUAGCGAGUUACGCACCCCCGAAUGAUGCCAUACUCAUGACAAUGAGUCAAGAACUUCAAACGUACUAAAUACACAAAUACCUGCUGCCUCAGAAACACAAAGAAAAAUGUAUCAAAUUCUUUUCUGUAUGAACAUAGUCAUACAAUUACAAAAAAAAAUACAAACACAUUUUUUCCCCGUGCCCGGAAAAACAAAACCAAAAGACCAAAGUUCAUAAACAUAAACAAUACUCUCUCGCAAAAUAGGGAAGCUUUUAACAAUCGUUUGCUAUUUGUUUAAUUUUCAUUGUUUAUAGAUUUUUUCAUCAUUAUUAAUUAUUAAUUAUUAAAUGUUAAAUAAUUUACAAUCAAUGGUACAAAUAUAAUUUGUGCGUAUUCACGUGUGAUAUUCGACAGAUUCUUUUUUCUUUUUUAAUCGUUCAGUAUUAUACACGAAUUUUAAUCAUUUGUUUUGCAAAUACAUUGUUUUUUUAUAGUAAAAAAUGAUUUUCCAUA